UCCCCGCGCCGAGCGGGCUCGUGGGCGACGCUGGGGGCAGCCGUCCCCGGACAGGAAUGUCAUGCUUUUAAACAAGAGAUAAAUGUGCGGAAUAGCCAGAGGUAGACCCAACAACGGACUGAUGGAGGUGUGCGGCAAAAUGGGUUGAGUGAGUGCAGAACUACCUUAUUCCACUGAAUCCUGUUUUCAUCAUGUUAUCUCACCGCUGCUGGCUGAGCUGAAACUUCCUGUGUCUUGGGGAGAGCAUGUAUAAAAGGAAUGACCUCAUGGCCAAUGUGAUGGUCACCUCCGCCACUCCAGAGGGUAGUAGCAGCUCAGAUUCUCUGGAAGGGCGAAGUUCAGAUUAUGCCAAUAAAAGCUACGAUGCAGUUGUAUUUGAUGUGUUGAAAGUAACUCCUGAGGAGUUUGCUAGCCAGAUUACAUUGAUGGAUAUGCCAGUAUUUAAAGCUAUACAGCCUGAGGAACUAGCCAGCUGCGGAUGGAAUAAGAAAGAAAAACAUAUCCUCGCUCCAAAUAUUGUUGCCUUUACUAGGAGGUUUAACCAGGUCAGUUUUUGGGUUGUACGAGAAAUAUUAACAGCACAGACCUUAAAAAUAAGGGCAGAAAUAUUGAGCCAUUUUGUGAAAAUAGCUAAAAAGCUUCUAGAGCUGAAUAACCUUCAUUCUCUUAUGUCCGUGGUGUCAGCGCUGCAAAGUGCGCCUAUCUUCAGACUGACCAAAACCUGGGCUCUUUUGAAUCGCAAAGACAAGACCACCUUUGAGAAGUUAGACUAUUUACUGUCUAAGGAAGAUAAUUAUAAAAGGACACGAGAGUACAUCAGAAGCUUAAAAAUGGUUCCUACUAUUCCCUAUUUAGGAAUUUAUCUCUUGGAUUUAAUCUACAUUGAUUCUGCAUAUCCCGCUUCAGGCAGCAUUAUGGAGAAUGAACAAAGAUCCAAUCAAAUGAACAAUAUUCUCCGAAUAAUAGCUGAUCUGCAAGUCUCCUGUAACUAUGAUCAUCUUACAACACUGCCCCAUGUGCAAAAGUAUUUGAAGUCUGUCCGUUACAUUGAAGAACUUCAGAAAUUUGUAGAAGAUGACAAUUAUAAAUUAUCGUUAAGAAUUGAGCCAGGUAACAGCUCUCCUCGACUGGUUUCCUCCAAAGAAGAUCUUGCAGGUCCAUCUGACAUGUCGGCAAUUAUGAAAUUCAGCAGGAGACCCACAUGUCCUGAUGCAUCAGUAGCAGCAAGUCUACCUACACCUCCUGUACCAAGGCACAGGAAGAGUCACAGCCUGGGAAACAACAUGAUGUGUCAGUUCAGCGUAGUGGAGAGCAAAAGCGCCACCUUCCCGACGGAGAAGCCGCGCCACCUCCUGGAUGACAGCGUCCUGGAGUCGCACAGCCCGGCCCGCGGCCACGCGCUGAGCUCGCUUUUCACCAACGGCCUUUCCAUAGAUAGCAGUGAAAGCUCAGAAUUUAGUGAAGAGCUGCCGUCAGGGCUUGAAAGGGGUCGUUUAUAUGCCACGCUGGGGCCUAACUGGAGGGUACCGAUCCGGAAUUCUCCUAGGAGUCGAAGCUGUGUCUACAGCCCAACAGGGGCCUGCAGCUGCACAUUAGGUAGUUCCACAGGAGUCAUUACCAUGGAAGGGCCAUUAAGAAGAAAAACGUUGCUCAAAGAAGGCAAGAAACCUACUCUCUCCUCAUGGACUAGAUACUGGGUUAUGCUUUCAGGAUCAACUCUCCUGUACUUUGGAGCAAAAUCUUUAAGAGGCACUGAAAGAAAACAUUAUAAAUCUACACCUGGUAAAAAAGUCUCCAUUGUGGGCUGGAUGGUGGCACUGCCUGACGACCCUGAGCAUCCUGAUAUUUUCCAGCUAAAUAACCCUGACAAAGGCAAUGUUUACAAGUUCCAGACUGGUUCAAGGUUUCAUGCAAUAUUAUGGCAUAAGCAUUUGGAUGAUGCAUGCAAAAGCAACAGGCCUCAGGUACCUGCUAAUCUAAUGUCAUUCGAAUAAUUUGCUCUCCUACCUGGUGCGACUUUAAGUGCCAAACUGAAGAAACAAGCUAUUGCUCUCUGAGGAGGAAGAGGAGAAUGGUUUUCCUGACAUGAGCCAGCCACAAAUAUUUCAGCACUUUCCUAUGUAACUUGAAAGUGAUUCUGACACAGCUUUUAAAAGCAGAAAGUGAAUGUUGUCCUUAGGACCAGAUAGAGUCUCAUGCACUGAGUGAAAGCAGACAAGUUAGAUGGACAGAAGAUUAAUCCUGACUCCUGCAGGAUUCUAGAGCCCUCAACUUUUUGUGGUCAGAGACUGCCGUGAACUGAUGUUUGACCACAAACUGAGCAUCAUAUCUUCUGCCUAUUCUUUUUUAAACGGUUCUUUUUAUUGUUAAGCUGCUUUGUGUGACUGAAGAAUAUUUGGCCCAUGUUGGGUUUCAGUUCUUUCUAAUGCACAGAAUGAUUGACAGUGUUAACUUGCUGCAAAGUGUCAAUUAGAAUAGCAAAUUGUGGAACAACAUUUUUAUAAUCUAAGUGCACUGAGUUGCUUGGCAAUGUGGCUGCCUCAGAUUUUGUAUCAAAUCUCUGGACAAUUCUGCUGUUCACAUUUGAGCUAUUUGGGAAAAAUGUAUUUUGGCACAGGACAGUUGGUUUUCUUUUCGUUCAGUUAUGUUACUCAGGAAUGCCCUGACAAUGGAUUUAAGGCUGUUUAAAUUUAUGUUGUGCUAAAGGUCGUCUUUCAUUUUCUUAUUUGUGGCGUAGUUGCUUACAAGUUUGGUUUUUUUCUUCAGGCUGAAUGUUGUUCAUCUUAAAUGCCUUGGUACAGCGAAGCAGGUAAUCACGUGUUAUGUAUCACAUGGCCCUGGCUCCUCAGAAUGAUUCCGUGUCAUUGUUUGUGUUCUGUCCUUCUGUGGAUGACUCAGCUCUGCUCAAUUCCAGUACGUGAUGCACCUUUAUGACGUGCAGUACUGGAACAUGGUACUGCUAUCAUGAAAUCAUGAUAGCAUUGAAAGCUAGGGAAGACUGACUGACAGUGGAGCAAGUACAAAGAAGCCUCCACACCAGUGUCCAGAUAACAAAAGAAAAAUGAAUGUAACUGAGCCUUCUCCUCUGAAAGGACUCUCUCUACAUCCACAGCGGUAUCCCUGCUAUGCCCUAGCACUCCUGUGGUCAGAGGUUUUUUCUGUUCCCAUGCUACAUUCAGCACUUUUUCUGUUUGAAACUCUUUUGCCAGAAGGCAUCAGUAUUCAGACUUCAUCAAUCACCAGAAAACCUCUUCUGAGUUUCCUAAGAUUGCAUAGAGGAGAAAUUUGCAAGCCAACCUCUAGCUUACAAACCAUGAAAAAAAUGGAAGUCAGUUUAACUGAACAGAGCCUAUAUUAGAACAAGCUCCCUGGCAUUAGGAGUAUUUAUUCUGUGGACUUGCAUGAUUUUCUAAAUUUUUUAUUUUGAAACUUCUCUAACAGCAAAAAAAUACCUGUACUGUUAAAUGUAGGUCAACUGUAACUUUUGUGUUAUUUUAAGUGUUCAUGUUACAGUCCUGAGAAUGAAGCCUAAUACAUACCAGCUUUUCAAGAAAACCAGUUCCUGACGACAACUGCAUUUAGAUCCUGGGACACGUGAAAGUGUAUGUAAAGUUGACAGAGUUUCUUUCAUGGCUCAGGAGUUGUGUGAAGAGAGUGGUAAUGCAAAAUAUAUUUAUACCUUUUUUCUCCUUUUUUGCUAAAUUGAGACAACUUUUGAACUAGGAAAAACAUCAGUGACUGCGAGGGCAGAGCAUCCAAUGCCAUUAGAGACAGUGUGGAAGCUUUUGAAUGUGGUAAAAUCCUGUCACCAGUAAAUGACUUCAGACUGCUAGAAUAUGAUAUAAUCUGAAUUAUUCUGCACCUAUGGACUUUUGUGAUUAGUUAUCAGUGAGAUUAUUCAUGAAGAUGCAAGUGUUAUGUGGACUGCCAUUUUAAUGAAUAUGCCACCUAUGACCACAUGCAUUAUGUGUUGUUAGCAUUCAUAGGGUUUGAACCAUGUGCAGAACAGUGACCAAAAUGAUGACACACUAACCAAAACAGAACUGUUCAAGUCAAGAGGUUUUUUUAAAAUUACUUUAUUAGUAGCCCUUUCCCCUUAAAAGGGAAUAACCUGAUCUGUCUUAAAUAUAAGCUAAAUUUAAAAUGGAACAGUUAUUGGCAUGAAAUGUAGAUACUUCAGAAGCAUGUAAAUACCUACUCAUUUCUAAUGUGGGGUAGUGGAAGUGAACACCAAUGAAGACUCGUGACAUUUUUUCCAGCAUAUUGCAAUUGAGACAAACUAAUGGAUGUUGUAACAAGUUUCAAUUAUGUUGAACAAGCCUCCCUUGGAAAGAACAAUAACUGCUGACUGAUACAGUAGCAAUAGAAUGAGCCUGUACACACUCAGAAUUUAAUGGCUUUUAGAAUUUAAGGGUCUCUAAAGUGUUAUAUAUGUUAUUGUAUGCACAAGAGGUAGAGUGUUCUAGCCUUCGAAAGUGUACUUCUACUCAAAAUUACGAGCCAUAGAGCCUGUUAGAGAAGUUACAAAAGGGUCCAUUUUCACUUGCUUGUAAAACAGAUUCCCAACCAGAAAGGAAGCAUCUUUGCCAGAAACCAUGAUGGGCCCCAGAACAGAGUGGCAUGAAUGAAAGGUUAAUAUUUACGAAUGAUUCUUAUACCCAGUCGUUUCUCACUGACAGAAGAUGAAUCUGUGGAGAAAUGAAACCCUUCAAUCCUACUCAAUCCUCAAACUCAAAUCCUACUCAAAACCUUAGAAUUUGAAAGUAUGUCAAAAGUAACUUGAAAUCCCUCGCACUACUGUCAUUUGAAUGUUAAAAGCAUUGUAUAGAAGAAAGAUGAACGUAGCAAAUAGUAAUUUUACACCAUAGGUAAACAUCUUUUCAGUAUAGCACAAUUGUGAAAUUGCUGCACAAUAUAAAAAAAUUCAGAAUUAAAGCAGUGUAAGAAUAUUAUUAAAAUAUCUUAAACCAAUUUUAAAUGAGAUUUUAAGUAUUAAACAGUCUGUAGCUGCUGACUUGAGUUUUUAUGCUGUCAUUUGGUACCAUUUGCUGUCAUCUGGUACUUUUAAUGUGAAUUGAAAGCUGCUAUUGAAAUACAACAUACUGCAUAUCAGUACUGAUUAAUACAACAUUUUCACAAAAAUAUCACAAACUAUUUUCAUCCAUCAAAGAGAACAACUGCAAUAGUUGUAUAAAAAUAAACAUUAUCUCAGAAUUACUAUUUUCAGAAUUGUGAAGAUAGAAAAUGUAUGUAGGCAAUAUUAUUAAUUUAUUAAUGUGCAGUUUUGAUGUAAUUCAGUGCCAAAAUGCAUGUUUUUCCAAAUAGCACUAAAACGAGGCAAAGAAACUAGUUUUCAAAUUGCAACUUAUUUGUCACAUUAUAAUGUAAACCAAUUUCAACAUUUUGGUUUGUUUUGUGUGAAAACUGUUGCACUAUUUUUGGCUGUAUUUUCCAGCAGUCCACUGCAUGCCAUUUGUGUAAGGAUUCUUUCUAUAAUUCUUGUGAACUGUCUCACCCAUAAUAACCCUGGCAUUGGAAUCUAGGUUUUUGGCAAAGUAUUUUGUUACCUCAGUCUUGUAUCAAGUUGCUGUAUUUUUCAGUUUGUUACAUUGAUAAUGAUUGUUUCACUAAUUAAAUACUUUAAUGUAAAAAAAAAAAGUUUGUUUACUUCAACAGCAAUUGCAUUUGAUUGUAAGUUUAAAAAUGUGCAGAG